AUUUGAUCCACAACAGCAACCCAAAAUCAAGGCGGCAUCCAUUCAAAUUCCGAACUUCAAAAAUUUCAAUCACUUCGUUUUUCCGCCUCCUACUCGGCAUCAACUCGGCAACUUUAAUUCGCACUGAUCCCCGCUUGGUCAUCAACCACCAAAGACAAGUGUCAAUAUGGAGGCUGACGACGGAACCAAGAGCAAGUACAUCACACUCAUCUCCCGCGAGGGCUACGAGUUUGUGGUCCUCCGCGAGGCGGCUGCUGUCAGCUCGACGAUCAGAAAGAUGGUCAACGGCAUGUUCAGCGAGUCUGAGACAGGACGCUGUCACUUUGAGGACAUCAAUGGCGUAGUCUUGAGCAAGGUAGUCGAGUACUUCCACUACUGGUACAAGCACAGGGAUGAUCAGGACGUUCCCGACCUUGAGAUCCCCACGGAACUUUGUCUGGAGAUCCUCAUGGCGGCGGACUUUUUGGGUCUAGACAAAAUCGCAUAAAUUUUUGCCGUCCUUCAAUCCCUUUGGAUCUUGGCGUUAUUGCAACGGCGUUCUACCUUGCACGGCGUUGUUGCGAUCUGAUUCCUGUGUGGUUCUUUGCUCACUGCCUGGAGUAUAGGCAUCAUUUCGGAGUAACAGCCUCCCUGGUGCAACAUCAUGAACUAGCAAACAGGUUCAAUACUCGAUUGACCGUAGGUUCUACGGAUUUGAUUUUUCAACGAGUCGCCAUGCAAAAGUCCCAGCAUUAAUAAACGCCAUCCUUCGAAGGUUGGCCUAGCCACACCAUUCAAGCAUAUGCGUUCAACUAGACUACUAUGUCCAUGGGUUGAUCGUCUAAUACGGAUGGUAGAUUAAAAUUCUCCCCCACACUCUGCUCGAUCAGUUACCCUUGCGGUGGUCCAUGGCUUUUUAAGAGGGGAAACAUUUUAUCAUAGUUGAAUAAUCGAUACCCAACUGUUACCCGAG